AUGCCGGUCCCCAUUACAGAGGGAACUAUCUACCGCUUCGUCAACAUCCAGUUCGCUGCGACUCUCGAAUUGGACCCUCGAGGCCAACGGACAGUGUUGAAUGACUUUACGGGAACUGGUUAUCAACAGUGGGAGGCUCGUCGUGGAAUAGCAGGAUAUUGGAAGUUCCGAAACGUUGCAACGGGCCUUAAUCUGGGAUUUGAUGUGGGAAGGAUUGCAGAGAAUGGCACCCUUACCAUCGGUACCGCAGCUGAAUUCCUCUGGGAAGUGAGACAGGUUAAUGCAGAAGGUCGACAAUGUCUUCACCUCCUCGUUCCAAAUACUAUCUAUGCGCUAGAAGGUUCUUACCCACAGCGCGCUGAGGCAGCAUUCCCAUUCAAUAACGUCCAGGUAUGGGAAUAUUGGAAGGGUCCAAACCAGACCUGGUUUCUUGAUGCAAAGGUAGAUCAGGGCCCGCCCUGCGUCUCUGGAUCCAUUUAUAAGAUCCUCAGCUCGAACGGAAGUAGCGUCGUCCACCUGGAAGAUGAUACAGGAAACGUAUCCGGAUAUCGUUACAAUGAAGGCCGGAACCAGUUGUGGGAAGCCACUGCGUACGAGAACGAGAAAUAUAUGUGGUCCUUCAAAAACGUCUCGAAUGGUCACUACCUCUCUAUUUCCGGAACCGCUAAAGAGGGAACGAGAAUCAUUGGGUCUCCUACCCCAUUCGUCUGGUACAUCGCACCGGAUUCCAUGAUCACUGGGGCCUUCAGGAUGUUCGUUCCUUACACGAAAAUGAACGUGGAUUUACACAUGGGUAAUUCUUCUCCUGGUACCGUCAUCCAUCUGUACAAACGGGCUGCGAAGAAGUAUUGGAGGUUCCAGAAAGUGGGGAGUAGUGACGACAGUCAUCCCAAGACCUCAUUUGCUUUGGGCCCCGCCGAUCCUCACUGA